GACUGCUUUUAAAGGCCUUGACAAAUGAUAUUUCGUCUCACCUUUUUAAUAUACUUAAUGUACGUUUGAAGACUAAAUAUACUACAACUAUAUACUAAGCAGAUCAUUUUAUACGCAGAGUCAUUAAAAAAUGACGAAUUCCCUUUAGUGUAUGACACACGUCGUUUAAACUACAUUUCCCACAAUGCAUCAGUCCCGCUGCGGCUACGCGUCAUACACGGAACAUGCACAGUUAUAAAGUUCAGUGGGUUUUAGACUGUCAAGUUUUACUGACAUUAUUAGCGUAAAUAUAAAAAAGUCGAAAUGACGAACAAGAGCAUCGUCCCCUCUCAGAUCGUCUGGAGAGUUUGUAAUUUAUUCAUGUCUCUGUUUUUCGCUUUGGCAUCUUACAUGCAGAUAAAUGAUCCAGACGCUGUUUUGUGGUGGAUGAUUGCAUAUGCUAUUCCAGCUGGAUUAUGUUUUUUGAUUUGCUGUCAACAAGAAAUAACAGAGACAUUAUUGUGGAGGAGAAUUGCUGAUCUUCAUGUGCUCGUAGCCUCAACAUUUGUGUUCUUACUGGGCUGGAAUCUUUAUAAAGAGAAUAUUAUAAACAUCUUCCAGCAAGAGGAAGGAAGAGAAUUUUCUGGGCUUCUGCUAACAGUUUUCUGGUUGCUGAUGUGUAGACACUCAGGAAGGGGCGCUGUUGGCUCUUUCAGGCUGUUCACUGCUGUGGGAAUCACUGUAUUUCCAUUCAUCGCAUGGAUUUAUUACUACAUCAACACAGAGCUGAGAUCACACUGGCCUGAACACUGUACAACUGCUAUUUAAACCUGAAACCCCGAUAACUGAAAUGGACCAAGAAAAGAAAAAUACCUGAGCACGACUGCUUUAAUGUGUUGUAAAAGACCUUUAUAAAAUUAAAGUCACCUGACAAACUGUGGGUCAGUGAUAGACUUGACACAGAAAUUAAACAUACAACACUCAUACAGUAAAACCACUUUGGUUUGGAAAGGGGGCAGUAUGAGCGCAAAUCGCACUGGAGCACGGAACUGAAAGCAUGACUGUCAAUACCUCCCCGAGAUUCAGCUGUCACCGUAAUUUUCUGAUGCAGAGAUAUACAUAUUGCUAAACGGUUGCUAGGCUAAUAUGUUUGGUUGCUAUGGGCGUGGCUUGGCAUCUGCACUUGAUAAUACUCCAAGCUAUGAGUGAAACGAACCAACCCCCGUGUCUGUAUGUUGUUCUGAUGCAGAGAUAUAGGUGUUGCUAAAUGGUUGCUAGACUCACCUGUUCGGUUGCUAUGGGCAUGGCUUGGCAUCUGCAAUUGAUAAUACUCCAAGCUAUGAGUGAAACGAACCAACCCCCGUGUCUCUACGAUGUUCUGAUACAGAGCUAUAGGUCUUGCUAAAUGGUUGCUAGGCUAACGUGUUUGGUUGCUAUGGGCGUGGCUUAGCAUCUGCCAAUUGAUGAUGCUCUAAGAUAUAAGUAUAACAAACCAAACCCCGUGUCUCUACGAUGUUCCGAUGCAGAGAUAUAGGUAUUGCUAAAUGGUUGCUAUGCUGACAUGUUUUGUUGCUAUGGGCGUGGCUUCGAAGCUUAAUGAAGUUCCUGGGAUACUGAUUAGUUGCCUGAGUAAAAUGAGCCCACCCACAUGUCUCUACGACACUGUGCUGCAAAGAUAUCCAUAUGGACCUUUUAUAAUGGAAGUCUAUGGGAUCGGUUGCUAGGUUGCUGUAAAUGGUUGCUAUGAGCGUGGCUUAAUAUCUUCAUAAUGAUCAUGUGACACUGAUUGGUUGCCUGAGUAAAAUGAGCCCACCCCCUUGUCUCUAAGUGGUUGUAGUGCGAAGAUAUUCAACACAGGACAGUUUUACGCCUUAUAUGGGCAUGUUUCCUGUCAAUGGGGAAUUUUGGGUGGCUCUUACACCCCAGGGGUGCAACUUACACCCCAGUGUGAUGUAUGUUGUUACAGAGCCUGAUAGCCUCUUCAAAUGUGGUAGCCUGCACGUUUCUACGAAAUCCUCGCACGGAGCUACGACCCGUCAAAGUGAGGCCCAAUGUUAAGUCAACAGGAUUUUUCGGGUUUUUAUUCACCCCCCUAUCAAACACCCCCCACCCGAUUGCUUCUAAAAGUCAUCACACACCAUUCCUCAAUGGGCCGCUCGAUCUGAGCCCUCAUUCAUGGGUCUAAUGCGAAAAAAAAAUCUGUUCCAUUUUUUUAAUGGCAGUCUAUGGCCCCAUUAUAAGUAUACGGAAAUUUUGGGAGGCUCUUACACCCCAGGGGUACAACUUACACCCCAUUGUGAAGUAUGUUGUUACAGAGCCUGAUAGCCUCUUCAAAUGUGAUAACCCGCAUGUUUCUACGAGAUGCUUUUUCAAAGCAUCACUAAUAAUAUCCCUGACGAAUAGUAAUAGUGAGCUUUGUCAAAGCGACCAAAAGCUACAUUCUGGCUGAAUCCGAAAUGGCAUACUUCCUUACUAUAUAGUAGGCAAAAAGCAGUAGGCGAACAAAUUGUAUGUCUGAAUCGUCAGUAUUCACAAAAUAGUAGGCAAGAAAUACCCUGGUGGUAGACUAUUUCUCGCGAGAUUUGGAUGUGCGUAUACUAAUGUUGCGUUUGAAUACGCCUACGUACCUACUAUGUGGUAGGAGAAAGCAGUACUUGAACAGAGUAGUAUGUCCGAAUCGUCAGUAUUCAUAAAAGAGUAGGCGAGAAAUUUCCGUAUGGCUUGAUUCUUAAGCACUCAGCGACGGAUACUUGAGAUGCUUCUAUAUCCCAUGAGCCCACGGGACAGAAUACCACGCACGGCCCGCAAAACAGUCACAGCCGACUUUCAUGUACAAUUCAACAUGUUGUUAAUUAUUGUAAAGCUAAUGUAACAUUAACAUUGACCUUGCUUUGUUCUUAAAUUGACCGUGUUUUAUAUUGUGCAUAGUUUUAAUUCAUAGAAUUGAAAUACGAAGCAUUUAUAUUGAGCUUAUUUACAUUUACAUUUAGUCAUUUAGCAGAGGCUUUUAUCCAAAGUGACUUACAAAGAGUUCAGGGAGCAAGGAGCGAUAUGUCAUACAGGAGCAAUAAUACGAUAGGUGCUAAUGCAAAGUUUACUAGUUUCAACAAAAGCCAGAACACUACCUGUUGAGAGAAAGAGAGAGGGUUAGUGCUUUUUUUUCAUUUGUCUGUCAAGUACUCACAGAAGAGAUGGGUUUUGAAUGUUGUGAGAGAUGUGGUUGACCGGACUGAGUUAGGAAGAGUGUUCCACCAGGAAGGAGUUGUGAAGGAGAAUGAGCGGGAGAGCGAUUUACUGCCCUUAUGAGAAGGCAACACAAGACGCCGCUGGUUUGCUGAACGCAGGGAUCUUGAUGGGGUGUAGGAGUGUAGGAGGGUUGUGAAAGUAUGCCGGUGCAGAUCCAGUGAUAGUCCUGUAGGCAAGCAUUAGUGACUUGAUUCUGAUACGGGCUUCGACCGGUAGAGAGAUGAAAAGGGCCGUCACAUUGGAAGACGAGACGUUCUGCUGCGUUCUGAACCAGCUGGAGUGGUUUUAUAUCUCAAUAUUAUAUCUCCUGUAGCUCAGUGGUAAGAGCAUGGCGUUAACAACACCAAGGUUGUGGGUUCGAUCCCAGGGGAUUGCACAUACUUAGAAACAAAUGUUUAGGACAAUGCAAUGUAAGUCGCUUUGGAUAAAAGCGUCUGCCAAAUGCGUAAAUGUAAAUAUUGCUUAAAUGUUUUUUAACUCUCAGAUAUAACAAAAUACAUGAUAAUUAUUCCCAGAUCAAAUAAAAUUCCAUUGGCAUGAUCAUUCUUCACAAUGGGAAGUGUGGAUGGGCCUGUUAUUGCCGAAAUUAAACUGAGAAAACACAUCACAAAUCUGUUGAAAUCACAAAGCUGUUGUAAUGCUUUUAAUGGUUUACUUUUAUCAGGAGCAUAUAGCCCUACAAGGUUAAAAUGAAAAUACAUGAAUAUAAAAAGCUCUGAAUGUGCUUUACUUGAAGAAAAUUGAAAGCGUUGUUUCAUGUGUUGUUUACUUGUACAAAACCCAUGUUAUGGUGUUAAUGCAAAGUCUUUCAUGACUUAAGUUGUUGCACUUGUCAUGACGUCACAUGACUAAUCUCUGGCCCUCACUCCAGUACAGUAGGUGGCGGAUAUGCACCUCUAACGCAAGUUGCCACCUGCCAUUGAAAAGGAACAGAAGAAGAAUCAAUAUCCCAUUCAGGCAUAACAGCACCUGCCAUUUAGCCCUCAUACUUACUGAAAUUGAGUACCUACUCAUUGAGUAUGCCAUUUCUGAUUCAGCCUCCGUACAAAUACUAUACUUCUGUAUUUUUGUGAGAUUGUCAUAAAAAUAUAAGUAGUUUCAAAGUAGCUUUUUUUUAUUGCAGAUGGCAGAACAAAGUCAAACACACUGAGAAAAGAGAGGAGCUGGAUAAGGAAAUUAAGAAAAACGCUUCUGACAAAUAUGAUGGACCUAUUUGAGAUGUAUCUGUUUUGAUUCUUUCAUUCUUCUGAGUAAUAUGUUAAACGUGUGUUAAAGGCUGUUUGUUCUGCUGUAUAAAAAUGGUAUUAUUUUUUCUUUGUUCAGGUCUUAAACAGUACUUUAAAAGUCUUAAAUUUGAUUUCACAAAGUGUGCAGCAACCCUGUCAUAUAUUCAAAUGAAUCAGAUACAGUCAAAGAUCAUUCAAUGUAUAUUUUAUAAUACUCCACUGAUCAUCUAAAGAUACAGUAAGCCUAAAGGCAAAACUAGUUCUUAGCCUCAUGUGUAUUCAGGAAUUGUUUCAGUGUUUCUACACGUCAGUCCUCAGCCCCCUCUAAAAAUGUGUCAGAUGUUUAAAAACAUGUGCGGUGAAACUGAAGGACUGGUAACAAGCAUGCAAAUGAUAAGUGUCAGAUUAAUCCAUAAAUACAUGCCUGCAAACUCGUUGCUUUUUGGCGAAAUUCACUGUUUUGAAUCAAAAUAUGCUGAUCAGAAGAGUUUUUUUUUCAGAGCGUGGGGGGGGUCUUUGUUUAUUUGUAAGAUGUAAGUCCUCAGGUGCCAUAGUUUGAAAAUUCAAAACACAGAUACAGGCAACAUAGCGUCAGGUAAUCAGUCUGCUUCGAACGUCAUUUUUGCGCCCUCGAAAGUCACCUCUGAAGAUGACGCAACACCAGGUGUCAUGUCGGAUAAAGAGGAAUUUGCGUUGUUUUUAUUACUCAGUGUGUUCCAAACAGCUUUAUUAUGAGAUCUUCCUUCAGAAUUCCCACUUCAAAAGCUGUGCCCUUCUAAGUGAGUAGGGCACUUGGGUGCGAUUGAUAUUGGUCGAAGUGUCAGAUGCUGAAGCUGUAGUUUACCACUAAUAAUAAUGUAAUUAUUGCACAGACCUAACGAUCGAUUCGCUUCAUCAGACAUUAAUUUAUCGUCAGGAUAUUGUUUUUAUGUGAACCCGCUCUCUAUGAACACGUUAUGAAACAAUCACCGUAAUGAAUGAUUGUGCUGACCAUGGUUACUGUUGACAUAAUCGUAGUUUAGAUAUAUUACAGUAGAACAGCAUGUUUCUUACGUCGCAAAAUAACAAUUAAGUGUUUAAUAUGCGCGUAGGCUAUAAGCUUCACCUUGGUCAUACGUCAUGUGAUUAGCUUCUGUUACAGAUGUCAUGUGGUGCAAUUGUACAAACUUGUGCUGGCCAAAACAUUUUGAGCAGCAAAUUGUGGCUGGUGUGACAAAAGCUUUUUACUUGACGCAAAUAUUGCAUUUUUUCUUUUCAGAGUGCACCAGAACGCAUAAAUUGAAAGUAAAAAUCACAAAAAUGUUCUUAGGGGGAAGGACUCCCCAGACACCCCAACAGAAAUUCUAAUUGUACGUGUGUCCCCUUUUUCACCUCUUCCGAGUCUGCAGGUCUGUAAAUAACAAUGCAGACUUUACAGCUUGUGAUCUUAAAGCAACAGAUGUAUUCAUUCUUCAGGAACAGUGCAACUGAGCUUGGAAUUCUGUAUGAUUCAGGAAGCAAAAAUGCAGAAAACUAAAGUGGAGAUUCUGGCUGCAGUGCUUUGGAAUCAUGUUAAAUAUAAAUUGCAACCAGUUUUUUCUAUUUCCUUUUGGAAGGUCAAACAAUGUGCUUUUCCCCUGACAUCUGAAAACAGUGUCUCCUUAACAAAAAAAUUGGUUUGGUCUGUUAGGUAGUAAAUGUAUGAUAACAGCAUCUCCACGAAUAAACAAAUUAUAAACAAUAAAACAUCAAACUCUCGGCCUACACAAAAGCAGUCAGCGGACAGCAUUAUGUUUUAAUGUGGCCAAGCAGACUCAUCACGGAAGUGACUGCAGGACUAUAGUUUCACUGUAGUACAAACAAAGCAAUUUCUGACUCACUUUAAUGUGCCGUUUGAGAUUUGUAACUUUGCACACCAAUUACACGUACAGUUUUUAUUACAAGCUAAAGAACUGGUAAAAAAAAGAAGCGUAAUAAAAGUGAAAGUAUUUAGUCAACGUCUUAGAAUUCUUAACAUAUUUUAUAGUAAGCCAAGUCUGAAAAACAGACCUGGUUUCGGCUGCUUGUUUUUGCUGGUCUGAAAAGAGUGAAGAGUGGGAAAUUCCUAAAGAAUGCAGUCAAGCAGGAUCUUUCUGAUGAAGCAGGUUUGUAUUCCAGGAAACAGAUUUAGUACACUGGGUAAGACAUGCAUGAUUUUCUGUAAAGCUGUUUGGAAUCAUCAAGAAUUUUUUAAAAUUACAAUUAAACGACCAAAAAAAUUACUUUUGAAGUGGAGUUGGCUUUGGUGAAAAUAAUUUUUUGUGUUCAAUGUAAAGGCAUUAGAAGACACAUGUGGUCAUAAAGGCAUGGACAUAGUGAACAAUACUUAGUGCCGAUGAGCUGCAAACCUCCACCGGUCAAGCUGAGACCAACCUUCAACUGAAACUCACUUGACUUAACCUAACUGCACACUGAGUAGCCUAAUUUAUAAUGAAUCUGUUCAAUGUUGUUGUUCUACAUCUUUCCGACAAAAUUCCCAUAACUUUCCUGAUAUAUUUAAAGAAAAGAUAAUAGGACAUGUCAGCUGACUAAAGGAAUGCAGAAUGUACACAUUUUACCCUUUAAAUAGACACAACUGGCACAUGAAGUUUCAUUUUAAAAGAUGUGGGACGACAUCCAGCCAUGUUAUGUUCAUAAUACCUUCAUAAUUCUUAGAAGGCAGUGGAUGAAAGUACUGUGAAUAUAGAAUCUCUUCCAGCUGCACUCUGCAUACAGAAAUUUGUACAUAAUGGAA